AGGCCCCGCCCCUUCACGGCUCCCACCUCCCCGCCACGUCGUUCCGCGCGCCGCGGCGGCGCUGGGCCAUGGCGUUCACGCUGUACUCGCUGCUGCAGGCCGCGCUGCUCUUCGUCAACGCCGUGGCCGUGUUGCAUGAGGAGCGCUUCCUCCGUCACGUUGGCUGGGGAAGCGAUCAAGGGAUUGGAGGAUUUGGAGAGGAACCAGGAAUUAAAGCUCAGCUAACGAACCUCAUUCGAUCCAUACGAACUGUAAUGAGAGUGCCACUCAUAGCAGUGAACUCCAUUACAAUCAUUCUCCUCCUGUUGUUUGGUUGAAGACACCUGGGGAAAAACAUUUUGGAUGGCCAAAGAAGCAAGUUAUGAACCAUCACCACUGAGUUUUUGGGGAUCCGGCACGGUUUAGCUGUCCAUCUGACAUUCAACUUAACAUAAUAAAGACACUAUUUCUAUUUAUCCUAUUUCCUAAUUGCAGUUUCAUUACACAAGAUACGGGGAUCAAUGCAACAACACUGCAAAUAUGUUGGACUCUGACAAGUUCUGUUGCUGCCUGUUCAUAACGCUGGCUGUUGGUGUGCGCGUCGCCGGGUGUUGCCGCGGUUGUCGAUCAUACGCGGUUUUUAAAUGUCUCAUUCCUCAGGGAUGAAUCUCCUUUAUUAUCCUUCACAAUUUGUUGUUAAAUUAAAAAAAAAAAGUGGGUUUUAUUGCACUUGCUACCACAGUACUGUUCAAGAGAAUGCAAAUUAGGCUCUGAAAACAUUAUAAAUUACUGAGGUCCAAUUGUGAUACUGAGAGAUCAAAUGUUAUAAAUUCUGAAUUCCAGUUUUAUCCCCCUCAAUAUUACAACAUGUUGUAAAUUAGUGAAGUUCAGUUGUGAUACAGAGAGAUUUGUGAUAUUGAGAGGAGAUAAAGCAUGUCAUAAAUUACUGAAUUCCAGUUGUGAUGUUAACAGGAGAUCAAGCAUGUUACAGAUUUCUGAAUUCCAGUUGCGAUAUUGAGAACAGAUCAAACUGGAUAAAAUCCUAACUCAGUUUACAUUGGAAAUCAAAUUUUCCUGGUUUGAUUUAGACCAGGAUUUUCCCUCUGUGUUUCAUAACCUUUUCAAACCAGUAAUGGUGGCAAAGUAAGUUGAAAUUGGGUGCAAUUGCUAUGCAAAACCUAAAAAAGCUGUACCUGGAGCUGGGUUACUGUGCUGAUUUAGACUAGCGAGUGAUAUUAGUGACUAGUGUUUGUUACUGCUCUGUUAAGGAUUAUUAUACAUUUCUUAAAAUGUGUGUUAAAAAUUGUUUGUGGUGAUUAGUGUGCUGGAAGUGGGGAACCAUUUGUAUUCUGAGCUUCUUGGGAGGAGAAUACUGUGCCCUUUUCAAAUGCAAUUUUCAUUUAAAACGAGCGUAUUUGCAGCUUCUUUUGUUACUGAUGCUUCUUCCCUGCCCUCCAUCUUCAUUAAAGAACAGCUUGGAAGUUGAAACUGAGUGUGAUCUGGCAGUUGUGUUGAAGAAACACUGCUAAUUGCUUUGGUACAGACCUUGUCUGAGUUAAGCCUGUCAAGUUAGGUCCGAUGUUACAUAGGAAGUGUGAAAUUAAGGACAAUUCUCAUGUACCUUUUCAGAAAAGCUAGAACUCUUACAUCUGUUCCUGUGCUGAAGUGUUUUAGCUAUUGUAACGCAGUUUAUCAUCCCUUCUUCCGGCGCCUUGAUGACUAAAGCAUAUGCUCUUUGUAUACAAAGAUAAAUCUGUGAAAUGUGUAAAUGAUCUUCAAUCUCAGUGAUCUGCAGAGGAAAGAUUAUCCAGGAGGAGAGGUUUAUGUUGUUUCCUGUUUUUAGUGAAAACUGGUCAAUAAAUUGUGAAUUUCUAAAUUAA